AUAGUCCACUUACACCUGCCAGCCUUCUGUUUCCCAAAGAUUAUCCAUCCGAUAUGCCUGCCAGUCCAGAUGUUAUUGCUUCAACACCAAAAGCUUCUGUUACAUCCAAUGCUGUUCGUAUUUCAAGCCGUGCCAAAGGGCUUUCCAAAACUGUUUCGUUAUCGGUAUGUUCAAAACCAUUUUAUUAAAGUCGGACUUCUAUUUGAUCGUUAUCACCGUAAGCAUGUCAACGUGGCUGUUUAGGGCUGCAAAAUAUAGCGGACCAUUGGUCCCAGAAAAUAUUUGAGGUAGGCAGAAACGGGUGGAUCCAGCAAGGUUUUUCUAGGGGGGGGGGUGCUGGGUGAGCAACCAAGAGUUUCUUCAUAAUUCUUUAGGGGGUGGUGGGACAGCAUUCAAAUGAAUUGGCUUCCUAACGACUCAAGGGCCGAAGGUGCAAGCUUCCUAGGCGGUUCAGGGGCAUGCCCCCCCCCGAAAAAUUUUGAAAAUUAGAACCCUAGAAAUGUCAUUUCCUGCGAUAUGGGCAUUGAAUUAUGAGCUUCAGUUUGACUUGAAAAAAGGAAAAACCUUGGAAAUUAUGCCAUAUUUCUGAAUUUGAUUUUUCUGCACCCCAAGGUCAACAGGGGUGCGCUCCACUGUGCACCCCCCUAUAAAUCCACCCCUGGGCAGAAAAAUGGAGGGUAAAAAGUGUCAAGGAAAGAAAGUGAAGAAAGUUAGCUAGAGGAUGAAUAAGGAAAGGAGAAACAGGAAGAAAGGAAAUGGGACCAAAAGAAAGAACAGUGUAUACUAGUGCAGUGAUUGCUCACAGUCUAGUCAAACUAAAUAUUUAAAGAAUACACAAUCUCAUGAAUUCUCAUCCAUUAGUUAAAGAGUAUUUUGAAUUUACUGAUUUAUAAUAAUAUCAAAAUAUGAGGUAAAGCUGCCAAAGUGAAUCACUGAAUGGCAAUCUUGAGUCUGAGUGCAGACUAUCAUUAUAUAACAUUAACAUGUUUAAAAACAGUUAAAUUAAGUCCAAACUUAGACUUUAGGUUUACUAAACAUCAAGCUGUUUUACUAUGCCAAAAAUGCUUCUCAAAUUCAAUAAUUCACAAAACCAAAAUAGACGUAAAUCAGGGUAGGCUGUUUGUACAAACGUCCACACCGAGGGACUGGAUGGCAUGACGACAACUUGGAUUUUCAAAACAAUGAAAAGACAAUGGAACAUUCCGAUCGCUGGAUUGUCACUACUUGGCACUACAGCUUUUACGUUAAUUGUCACGAUGCAGAGGGGAUUCCUUAAUUUUUGUAGUGCAUACAAGCAAAAAUCGCAUCUGCAAACCGUUUCUGCAAAAAUAUAUCUUAUUUUGUGCCGUAAAUAGUGUUGAAAAGACAGACUUACGAUGUGCCUGCAAAAAUUCAAUAGUGCCACGAAAUUUUCUGUUACAGACACCAAGGCGAAGAAAGAAAAAAGGAGAAUCGAGCGAUGAGUCAUCAAAACCCAACGAUCCUGCUUCAAGCAAAGACAAGCAAAGCAAGAAGCCAAUCCCAAUCCCAAAUAAGAAGGACGCCUCAAGCAGUGAUGGCAAGGGCGAUAACACCCAGAUUAAAAAUCCCGCUGUACCCGAUGAAAAGAAGAAACAGAGAUCCAGUAGGAUUUCUGGGAAAGCUCAGGAAUCUGACACUGGGAAAGUGUCCGAUUCAGAUGGCAGUGCAAGUAAGGGUAAUAAAGGUACCAAUAGAAAACCAGGAAAAGUCAAAGAAAGUUCAAUGCCUGAAAUUGUUCAAGUUGUAUCCGGAGAUGAAAGAUCCACGGUUCGAACAAGAUCCAUACGAAGCAACGAUGCCGGGAAGCACAAUGACCAAAACAAAACAGAAAUAGGUAAGAAUUACCCAUGGAAAUGUAAUCCUAACUUUAGACCCACCUAAUUUGGUGGAACGCCCUGCCAUCCGAGGUGUAGUACACCGCAAUCUCGUGUUUGUUUUACUAUUGUUUUGUAUGCAAUUAGCAAUUCCGAAGUUGAUGAGAGGGCUGAGGACGAGUGUUAAAAAGUGCCCAAAUUAAGAAAUGAACCAAAUCACUAAAAAGACCACCUCAAAAUUAGUAAGUAUAAUAGUUUGAAGACGUUUACAUGAAUACGCUUCGAAUAAUAAGCUUUCGAAAAUUGUGAAAUUACUGAUUAAAAGAUUGUUUUUCGGGCGCGCGUCCCCCAAAACAAAAAUUACAGUACAUUUCACAGUAAAUAUCGCGAUUUUCGAAAGCUUAUUAUUCGAAGUGUAUUCAUGUAAACGUCUUCAAACUUUGUAUACUUACUAAUUUUGAGGUGGUCUUUUAGUGAUUUGGUUCAUUUCUUAAUUUGGGCACUUUUUAACAUUCGUCCCCAGUCCACUCAUCAACUUCGGAAUGGCUAAUUAAAACCCUUGUUGCUUUCUGAAACAGGCCCAGGGCCGGUUGUUCGAAAGCAAAUUAGGUUAACCCUACGUUAACCUAAAAUUCAAUGCAAACGUCCCAAUAGUUAUUAUUAUUUAAUUUUAUUUGCCCAUAAUUUGCCAACAAAACAACUAUUUUCGUAUUAGAAGAAAUGAUUAGGGCUAGGAAUCUUCAUGAAACCCUGAAGGGCUUUUUUGUUCAUAAAUUUGGAAAUAUUGCUUUGGAAAUCUUGUCUGCAUCAGUAGGAGUUUUCUUCUCUGACGUUUUGAAAUACACAGACGUACAGAAAUACAUAAACUUCAACAGCAGGUUAAACUCAGGGUUAGCGCUAAUCCACCCUUCAACAACCCCGGCCCCAUUUUGGAACUCGCCGCAUACACUGAUGAACAACAGAAACAAUGUAUUUGUCUUUGAUAUCUACGAUCACAACCCGGGAUAUGAAGUUGUAUUCGUUUUUGUGAUGCCUGGCUAGGAUAGAUUUUUGAAAUAGGCAUAGUGUUUUGGACGCAACAAUAACAACAACAAUUUUUAUUAUACCCUUGAAAAUUAGAUGUUAAUUUUGAUAAUUUAAUAUAUAUAAAUAAAAGGGUACUGGCUCUCUGUAAUAACUAUAAAGAGCUAAAAAUGCCAAAGAGCCAGGCAAGUAUAGGCAUGUCAUUAGGGCAACAUUUAACAUCACACCAAUAUGGUAAUCCCGAGCUCUGGUUAUGAUGGAAAUGUAUACAAUUUGUUUAAAUGUGUUUCAUUGAGAUAACCGUUUUAUUCUUCAAAUGUUACGGAACAGAGCAACGAGGCAAGGGAGGCGAGGAGAACGGUAUGGAUAAUACGGAUGAAAUGAAGAAAGGUAGGGAUAAUAGAAGCAUGGAUGAAAGCGGAUUGGGCAGAAGUAUCGACAGUGGAUUGGGGAAAAGUAUGGAUAUCCAGGAUCUGACGAUGGAAGAUGGACAUGUCAAGAAAGGGGAACAUGUCAAGAAAGAGGAACUUGUCAAAAAAGAGGGACAUGUCAAGUGUUUGCAGGAUAUUAGUCAAGAUGAACCAACAGUGAUCCAUGCAACUCAGACAUUCAGCCAGGAGGGUAUGGAUGAUCACACCCAUCUUGAUGAUGAAGUGUUUUCAAAAGAUUUGGAUGAAGACACUCUAAGUGUUAUUGCUAAGAAGAGUGGAGUUGAUGACGGUGCAAAGGAUGUGAAUGUUGACGUUGAUAGAGAUAGUAGCUCAGGACCGUUUACAAAAGCAAGUGUUAGUGAGAAAACGAUAUCAAAAGUAAGGACACUUCAUGAAUUCGCAUGAGAGAAUGGGCUAUUCUAUUUAAAGUGCGACUAACCCCAAAUAAAAUUUUUGGUAUGUGUAAUAUUUGGGUCAUUCUAAGAAGAAAUGUAAUAUCUCUUUAUAGUAAAAACACUCAUCUUGAUCAACUUUUUCACUGUCAAAGUUUCCGGAUAUGAUGUCAUUAGAUGAAUUUUUGGUACAAAAAGCAAAGGAAAACUAAUUUGCAAUUCACCUGAUGACAUCAUAUGCGCAAACUUUGGCAGUGAAAAACUUGAUCAAGAUGGAAUUUUUUAUUAUAAAGAUAUUACAUUUCGUAGUCGCACUUUAAAAUACGUACCUCCCUCUUAUCGAGGAUCAGGGCCGCCGAGAGGUUGGCGGGGGCCCGGGCCAAAUUUUUUUUAGGGGCCCCUAUCUAAAAAAUUUUUCCCGGAAAAUUUUUUUUCCGGACAACAACCCCCCGCAUUUUAGGGGUAAAAAAAUUUUUCCGGAGUACAAAAUUUUUCCGGACGAGUACGUUGCAACUGCUUUCGAGGGACUUUAUCUCAUUUUUUAUGCCAAAAUUCGGUACUUAGCCCAAGAGAACAGAUAUCUUGUCCUUUGCGCGGAAAUAUUUAACACACAAAAAAGGCUGGGGCCCAACAAAAAUUUUUCAAGGGCCCCAGCAACUCGGGGCCCGGGGCAAUUUGCCCCCCCCCCCUGCCCCCCUCUCUGCGGCCCUGUCGAGGAUAAGGGUUUUACUACUACUCUGAAAAAUUCCUCAUAAAAGAGAAUGUGAACAGUAUUUACCCUCUGAAGAAAUCGGUAUUUGCUCCUAAAGACAUUUUUACACUUGAAAGGCCUUGAGGGAACCUCAUUCAAAAUAUCCAACCCCUGAAAGAUUCCACAGUAAAAUUUUCUUACCCCUGAGGAUUUUGCUUGUUUUCUUUCUUUAUUUUUCUUCAAGUAUAUUUCAUGAAUUUAAUAUUCUGUUCUUUCUCCCUCCAUCCUAGCAAUUUACGGUAAAUGGUUCCGUGUUCCGAUAAUUUUCCACCCCGUUUGACAUACAACUUGUUGUAUAUCUGAUAAUAAAAAAAGUGGUCAUAAAAAUACAUACUACUCUUUUUUAAGUAAUUUUUCUCCUUGUUUCAGAGAAAGGAACGUGGGGUUGAACAGGAUAAAGGAGAAAGUAGCACACCAUAUAAAAAGAAAACAACUAAGCCUGUGAAAGCUAAAGCAGGGGCAAAGGUACGUUUUGAAUAAGAAUCGUUGCAAAAUAAACCGCCAUAUGGGCGAUGCAAUUUAGAUAUGUGUUGUUGCAUACAGUUAUUCAACGAAAUCCUGACUGAGUAGAGACGUUUAGUGACUGAGUAUAAUUAUAUAUACGUAGUAGAGGUGUGCAAAGCCGAUCCGAUUCGUUCGGAUUUCGGAACCAAAAUAUUUAUUUUGGAUCGGAUCGGAUCAUAAAGUUGUUUCAUAGUCGGAUCGGAUCGGACUUCGAUAUCCGAAAUAAAAUGAAUUAAUUAUAACACGCAUUAUCGCAAGAAUUGAUUAUCCAUACAUUUAUCAAAGCAUUAUAGUUGUUGUCGUCUACACUUCGAAAGAAAGUUUUUCUGUAAAAUUGAAACAGUGAUAGCCAAUUUAUCGCUGUGUCAAGAGUCAUUCUAAUGCAAUAUUUUGAAAGAAACUUUGUUUAUUAAUACACUGAUACAUAUGUACAUUACAUGCAUACGUCACGUCGUUGUCUUUGGCCCGUUCUAUGCCGUACCUGUCCAUGGGGGUCGUGAGCUAGGCUGCUGCACAUACCCUACAUUUUUUCCACCUCCCCCACUAUUUCCACCAAAAUCCAGUCUUGUCUGAAAAAGCACCGUAAAAUGAUGGUGGUCACAUCUUUUUGUUCCUUAGGUAGUAUAUGGUUCUUUAAUUUUCAGACUCGACAAAUUAGAACAAGGGCAGCAGCGAAGAAAAAUGCUUCAGUUGGUUCAAGUGUUUCCACCUCGGAGUCCGAUAUUACAAUUACAAAACAGACAAGCAAAGCUAGGGCGAAGAGCGCAGAGCCUGGCAGUAAAGCUUCAAAAGCAAUCACAAGUUCUCGCAGUGUGAGUGAUCUUGAUAAAAGGAAUAAGCUUGGCAGUGUAAGUAAUUUUGUUUGAGAUUCUGUGAAACACUUUCUGGUGCUGUCGUGUUUUCGCCCGAGACUCUGGAUUUUUAGUAGAUUGACGCAAAGUCCAAUCGAAUUGCAUCCACGAUCAAACCUUUCGAUGCUCCAGCCAGUAGUAAGACAAGGCAAGACAGUAGUCCUGUAACCAAUGAUCUUGUAGCAAAGAGAUAUUCUUGUGGACGAUAUAGCUAUACCGUCGUCCAAAGCUAGCUUCCAGAACGUACAAGUACAUGUAUAAGGCUCAGAACUGCUCCUGAUUAAUCGAAUAUAUUUUUUGUGUUUUUUGGCAAUCGAUUAUUCUUCACGAUAAUCGGAUGAACAACACAGCCGUGUGUAGCAUAACACCUGGAUACCUUUCUUUCCCAAUUAAAAAAAAUAAAUACGAAUAUUGGUUUUCAAAGCAUUGCACUGUGCAUAACAUCCCUCUUGGAACUAGUCUCGCAAUGUUUAUACAACUUGACUGUCAAUUGCAAGUUGCAUGGAACAUACUGCUUGGUGUAAACAGCCUUUCAUGCAAUGCAAUACUGAAAUCGUUCUUCUUAACAUUGCGAGACAAGUUCCGAAUCGUAGAAUAUAACUUGUUCGGUUAUUACAUUCAUGGGUUAAACCGGGUAGUGAUACAUAUUUGAUAUAUUAUAUCUGGUUCCUAUAAACUCAUAACAUUUAUUCUUCAUAUUCUAGGGUUAUAACACCGAGGAUUGGAUGAUGGAUUACUCUGACCUUGAACGGAGGACGGAAAGGAAGAAAGCUCUGGAAAAUGCGUCAAAUGUCUCGAAGUCUCGAUUGUCUUUAAUCAGUACUGUUUAUCGGGAAAAUUAUAGAACGGAUUACAAAUUCAAACGGAAGAAGUUUGAAAAUCCUUAUGAAUUCAAAACUGUAAGUGAAAUUAUGUCUUUACAGAUCGACUGGAAUCUCCAAUGCGGCCGGGAGAAAUCUACGAGUGAUGCUGACAUGUUAAACUAAGGCUAUAGUAUCGUCAGUUAAUAGCGCGUGACAUUCUUGUCCGUUUACUCUGUCAAAGGCCAGAUAAUUUUACUCGUCAAGGGGAGAGUGUUGCGCUUUACCCUGAGUUUAAAUUAAACGUCUAUAUCUUGGCUAAUAUUUUAUAGAAAUGUUUAAGGCAUACAUCAAAAUUUAAGUUAGACAUUACUGCGUUCAACACACUUUAUUUGAAUAAGAGUUUUUCCUAUUUGUUUAUUUAGUUUUCAGUUACAAUAAGUCAAUGUACCCCCGUACAUUUUUUGCGCCAAGCACCCGGUAUAUGAUGUUAUUAUUGAAGCCAAAAAUACUGUGCAUCAUUAUAAAUCUACGUUUAUCUUUUACAGAGUCCUCCUGCCAAAAGAAGUCCUCAAGGUAAAAAAUUACUUCGUCCAGCGUUAAGAACUUAUCAGUUGAAGAAACAAGCAGAACUCCAACAAAAAAGAGAGAAAAAAGGGAACAAGGCAGAUAAAUUAUUGUCCUAUAAUGACGAUGAGGAAAUGCCCGAAAUGGUAAGUAUAUUCAAUCAGUAUGCGGUGGCGGACAUAAUUAUAUAUAUCAUUUAAUAUGCAGGCGCAGGAGAGCUUGCUCGCAGGCUAACGCCAAAGAGAUGGUCGAUGUUUUGCCUACACUGCUGUAAAUAUGGCGUCAAUUUAAAUAAUUUUAUUUCAAUAGUACUUUAAUUGACAAUUUCAUGUUUUUCAAACGGAUGACUGUAUGCAUUUAGAAAGGCAGCUAUUAAACUGUGUGAACAAGAAAAUAUUAGCUAAUUAUAACCGAUUAACUGUCAUUAGCUCAUUGAGCGCCAGCAAUCUCCUCCUGACGAGUAAAAUUCACAGAGUAAAAUAACAAAGUAGGGCGCAUUAUAGCGUAAUGCAACAUAAUGAGUUAGUGAAUAAAUUGCGCAGCAAGGAUAGUACAGUAUCUGUGAGUAUAAUUAUCCAUCAUUUAGAAGGAAAACGAGAAAUCAUUCUCAGACAUAGCACUUGAAGUCCAGCGAAAACAUCGUGAACGUGAACUUAGAAAGCAUGAUUCAGAAAGUGAUAUCCUCAACAGAAGAAGAGAUUCUGAACCUGACGAGCAGAGUACGACGGAAAUUCUGAAUGAUUGGAAAGAAAAAUCUAAGACACGAAGGAAUCUUGAGCAAGGCGCUUUCAAAAAGGUUGAAGAAAAUGAGCAAAACAAGGAAAACGAAAAAGGUUCAUGUUUAUUCUUGUGGUUUGUAUAGAUAUAUAUCAAGAAAGUUAAUUAGCCUCUUGGUUUUUCUUACAACAUUAGAGUUUCAUUAAAGUGCAUGCUGCAUUAAUCCCAAAUAUAUUUUUGCUAUAUGUAUAAUAUUUGGGUCAUUUUAAGAAGAAAUGGAAUAAUAUAUCUUCAUGGUAAAAACCUCAUCUUGAUCAACUUUUUCCCUGUCAUAAUUUCCAGAUUCGAGAUAUGAUGCCAUCAGAUGGAUUUUUGUGGCAAACAACCACAGCUAGGAAACUAAUUUGCAAUUCAUCUAAUGACAACAUAUCCGACAAGUUCUAUUGUGGAAAAGUUGAAGUGAAGCUUUUUACUACUUUUUCCUAAAGCUGUCCGAUGCAACUUGCUUAAGCCUGGUUUCCAUAUAUGGUCGUAUAAUGUCGUAAAAAUAGAGUAACGAUCAACGCAUCUAUUACUGUAUAUACCAUAUACACCAAUUAUUUAUAGAUGGAGAAGGAACAACUCCCGUAGAAGCUGGAGACGUUUUGGAUCCACCAGCCGAUGGUAUUGACAGUUCACAGACGUUACGUUUUGAUGAUCAGCAGGUAACAAAACCGUUAGCAGUCAUUAUGUUUAUCCAUGUAUCUCACGACCCUUGAAUCUGUCUAAACUUCCAGAAAAGAGACACCCCUUAGGCGUAAAAAAAAUACCUGUGGUUCCGGUUUCAUAUCGCGAAAAAAUUAGGGUCGGUAGCUCGGAAAUAAUUUUUUUUUUGAAUAUUUUUUUCAUGUUUUUUUUCAAUAAUUAGUGUGACAGCAGACGCCAUUUUGGCAGCAGCCCGCAACCACCCGGAGAAAAUAGGGUCGCACGGUCAAUCGCGUUGAAAAAAUAAUAGGGUCUGCAGAAAAAAAUAGGGUCGGUCGGGAACCGGAACCACAGGUAUUUUUUUACGCCUUAUUGACAAUGUUGACUUAACAGACUUGUUACAAGUUGUUCCAUCAUUAGUCUUUGUUUAGUACUUGAAAUAUCAAUUUGUUGCCCUCCUUCCUCCACUGUAAGCUUUGAAACAAAAUUAUUUUUCCCCAACCUAGUCUACUUUAUAGCUUGGGUUUUUUUUUGAAACGACAGACUAUUUCGUAAAACUGAUAUAAUUAUUUGCCAUUUUAAAUCUUGAAGACAUAUCUUGUUGAAGAAUUAUAAUUUGGUCACAGAGCCCAUGCAGCAUGUGUUGCUAUCUAAUAAAUAUCCACAAAUCAUUUUGGACCACAGCCGCCUACUUUAUUAACCCAGCCACCUACUCAGAAUAAUUCUGAAAGCCCUUGCACUAACCUGAAACUUGGAUAGUGUAAUCCAUGUAGCCUUGAAGGACAUAGGAAAUAAAAAAAAAAUAGUUUGUCUCAUUCAAAAGGACUCUUAAAAUUAUAUAUUACAUUCUAUUACCGAUUUGUCAUAUCUUGCUUAGUUCUCGAAAUAUUUAGUCCGAAAUUAAUCUAAUAAUGACGUCAGGAGUUGGGUUAACCAUUUAAAACUGCUCUAAAAUGACCGAGUAACAAUCUAAAAUUGUUUGAAAUGUUUUUAAUAAUUUCUAAAUUUCAGACAGCAACCAGAAACGAAAUUUUGGAGCCAUAUUGAUCGCUUAUACUCCUCUCUUGACGAGACCCCUCUCUUGACGUAACAUGUAUAUCCUCAAUAAUCCAAGAUGGCGAACACCUCGCUUUCUUCAGUCGAAAUAUUUUGAAAAUUAAGCAUGAUAUAAACAAUCUGUAAUAGAGUUUAAUAUAUAGUUUUAAGAGUUCUUUCAAAUGAACUAAACUUUUUUUUGUUGCCAAUGCCCUUUAAGAGCUACACUAACAAUUCUAGGUCCUAGCUAAUGUUACUGCCGAACCAGAUCAAGAGUCGCUUGAUGGUGAUUCGUUGUCAAAUCUGCUCAAAACAAUUCGUGAUGACAAACCUGCUGGGUUUGAAGAGAAUGUUAAGAAGAAUACAGAAGAUCAUGUUGAAAAAAAUGGUGUUAGGAGGACCAAAGACAAAGAAAUUAUUGAUAAAGAACGGGACAAAAAAGGUAGUGUGCAUGGAUACGUCGAAUUUUGGUCGCGUCGAAUGCAAUUCAAACAAUAGAUAAUGAAGCUUAAUGAGGUUUAUCAGGUUUUACAUUCGACGCGUUCUGGAUUCAAUGAAGUGUGACGUAUUUUGAGCAAUUGAAAUUCGUGUUUCAGCCCUAAACAAAAAAGUUAGAUAACUUUAAAUGAUUGUUGAAACGAAAUUAGAAACGUGCUAGAAGUUAUGUAGUGGAAGAAGACGAUCAAUAACGUUCAACAACAUUCUUUUUGUCUAAAACAUGGAAUUUCAUGCAGUUUGUAACAAGCAAUUUUGUUAUCAUGAAGUGCAACUUAUUUCAAUUGCUCAAAAUACGUCACACUUCAUUGAAUCCCAGGUAAGCGGGACCAUAUAAACAGCCCCUAAAACGGGUCUUACAAAUUAGUCCCUUAAGAAAUUUAACUCAGUUGGACCAAAAUUGGACUAUAAACCAGGCCUAAAGCCGGUUACAGACGAGCAAGUUUUCUAUGACAAGUUUUUAUUUGACAAGUUUUAUUUGCCAAGUGCACGUGUGUGUAUAUGCAACAAAUUUUAUAUGACAAGUUUUCAUAUGUGAUAUGACAAGUUUAUUUACUGGUGUGAACGUGUCAACAAGUUUACUUUGACAAUUUAUUAGUAGCCAGCUGGUCAAUCGCAUCAAAUGCUAAGAUUACUUUGACAAGUUUUCUUUGUUGACCCAUAGUCAUAUACAGACAAACAAAAUUUGUACUUUGACAAUUUUUCUACUUGUUCAAAAGCUAGCAUGCUAAGCAUGAACAAAGUGCACUUGUCAUAGAAAAACUUGUCAAAGUUGCGUGUACAGACGAGCAAAUAAAACUUGUCAGAUAAAAACUUGUCAUAGAAAACUUGCUCGUCUGUAACCGGCUUAACAUGUUCAUUUUUGAUCAGUCAUGCAUGCAUAGAUCGGAAUGUUUAUUGUCCGUAUUGUUUUGAAAAUCCCACUGGUGCUGUUCUGCAUGCAACCCAGUCGCUUAUUGUUUUAAUUGGCUUGUAUUAUAAUGACAUUAUGCAAAACAGCAAAUAGAACGAAACAUGGCAAUUCCCAUGUGAUGCAUGUACAGUAUAGCCAGCAAAUAUCUAUACGCGCUUAUAUUUGCAUGUGAACCAGUGAGCGAAACUGUCAGAACUUAAGAAAGCGCAUGAAUUUAGUUUCUCAUUAGACAUUGCUAAAUGAACGGCAAAACAUUGGUCAAAAUAUCGACUAUCGUUAUAGACACGAGUUUCAGAGGUAAGCAGAGAUUGUAUAAUGAUUUAAUGUAUAAAACUCUUCCCCUUCCCGACUGAAUUAGUUUAACGAUGUUUUGUACACAAGUUUGCCUCUCAAUGAGACAGAGCUACCGGCCCCGAAUUAAUUCAAACCUUCGGAAUACAUGUAUGCUUUCAUGCAUUACAAGUGUCUGUGUUUGUAUAUCGACUAAACGAGCAUAUAUUUAAGUAGAAAUAGCACUUCUCAAGUUGUUUGUGCAUGUUCAUGCAGAAAAUAUCUGAACUCCCCAACGGGAAUCGAACCCGCGUGUUUCUUAAUUACCCGGUUGUUUACCAUGUCCAAGCACUGUUGUAUAUAGCUUGGGAAGUUUAGUAUUUCCUGAAAGUUUGAGAACUACAAUCUUCGCUUAAUAUAUAUCCAAGCUUGCAACAUGUAUACUAUAUAUAAUCAUUUAAAGACUUAAGUAUAUCAGCCAAUAUACCUUAAUAAUGUAUUUUAUUAUCCAGUGGCAGUGAGGAAUUCAAUGAAAUAUUUUCUUAAAAGUCGAUAAAUAGAAGUCAGAACAGUCUGCAUGUCAGUCCGACGUCGAAGGGCCUUCGCUCGAAAUGUCGAUGUUUUACUUGAAUUUUUAGUUAGUUGAAUCCCUAUCAAUCUCGUAUCAAUCCGCAAUUUAGUGACUAAAUUUGCUGUUAUAUAAGUUCAGUCAAUGGCAAUUACGAUUUAGAGUAUGCAACUGUUGCCUAAAACAGUCGCAUGCAACCUGCUCAGUUAUACAACUUACUUACAACUUGAGUUGUACUAUCUAAGUCAAGCACACGACUCCGGCACCUACCUACUAGGACUGUUCGGUAUACCGAUAUGCCGAAAAUAUCGGUAUUAAAUCAAUAUCGGUAUAUCGAUACCGGAUAUUCAACCAUACCAAAAUUUCGGUAUACCGAAAUUUUUUGGUAUACCGUGUUAAAUUUACCAACUAUAUGGCGAAACCAUAACCUUUAUUUUACUACUGAAUGGCAAUUCAAAGAACUUUCAACUGCAAUGAUUUAGAAUUUCCACUUCAGUGAGAUUUUACACUGAGUACGUGCAUGUCGUUCGAAACAGCUUCGAAAUUAUCGUUUUCCCUUUUAGAAUUACUCAAAAUUUCCUUCAAACUUCCAUUAAAGAAUUUUCCUUUAUAAUUAUCAAAGGAAAACCGGUAUACCGAUAAUAUCGGUAUAAUUUUUUCGGUAUACCGAUACCGACAACGUAUUAAGCGAGUUGUGCGCUUGAUUUACACAGUACAACUCAAGUUGUAAGCAGGUUGCAUUAGACAGUUUUACUUUUAGGCAAACAUUGCCUAACUUGAAGCAAUUUUUGUUCAUGUUAGUCUAACGCCUGUAUUCUAAAAGCUCACUCACACUCACACUCAAUGAGUGGAGGUUCAAUCUGAGCUUCUCUUGAGUGUCAAUGCUGUUUUUGAAUACCUGGAGGGUGAGUAGUCACAUUGUGAGGUACGACACUAACCCUCCAGCUAUUCAAAACCAGCAAUGACACUCGAGAGAACCUCAGAUUAAACUCCAUUCAUUGGGUGUGAGUUUGAGUGAGCUUUUAGAAUACGGGCGUAAGUCAAUGAAAUGAACGAUGUUGAGCUCGAAUGCUGCAAGGUGAAGGCAUAACGCGGUAUAUUACAUACGCACCAGCUAAGGCUUGAGCUAACUGAGGCGACAUCAAACCACCAACCGCUUCAUAUAUCGUGAUUUCUAUGUUUAUAGCUAUGGAAAACCAUGAAGGCGAAGACAAGGAAAGUUCGAGAAAGACUAAUGACGAGUCAGAGAAUCUGACAAAGAAAUCAAAGAGAGAUACAAGUUUAGACAGACUUGUUCCACCUGGAAUACAAAACAGUCUCAUGGACGAGGAAAGCAAAAUGCUUCUUAAUCAUGUCUUUGGGCGAGAUGACGAAGAUGGGGAUUUGUGGAUAGGGGCGAAAGAAAAUAAGAACCAGGUUGAUACCAGUAGAAGUCAAAGAGGGACAAAGCCAAGAGCUAAUUCCAAUCAUGAAAAUCCAGCUCAGACAUCAGCGAGGGAUACAAAUACCGACAGAGCACGUGGAAAACAAAAGAGCACUGGCGAGGAAAUCGUAGAACUUGACGAGAUUUUUGAUGAUGGAAAUGGAGAUAGUCUUCUGGAGCCGAAACAAACCAAGAGGAACACAGCUAAGAGAACCAGAAGGUAAUCGUUAAAAAAACAAGAUGAUUAGGAUCAUAUGCAUGAUAAUGGACGUUUAGUGUAUGAGUGGGAGUACGGGAGUGUCACUGCCCCUAAAAUUGGUAAAUAAGUAUAUUUAGGCAAUGUGUUCCUACCUAUACUAAUAAUGGCAGUUUCACAGUUUAGUUAAUUUGCAUUCUAACUGACAAUCUUUUGAAUCUUUUAAAGUGCUUCUGACAAUACUGCCCGACUUCCGGGCGAAAAACAGGAAGCGGGAAGAGGUGAUAUUUUAGAAGAAGAUGAUGUUUAUGCGGAUGAAAGCGCUGAUGAAUUGGAAGAGAUGUCUCCAAGACCUGCCAAAAAACGAAUUCCUCGUGAUAGGAAAUAUGUAAAGGAACACAAGGAUGGAGAAGGUGAUCUGUCCUCUGGUACUGCUUUGAUUCUGGAUGCUUUUAAAAAGAAUUUUGAGGUAUGUAGUUAGUGAUGGAUGUCAUUGGAUCUCGUGAAACGGGCGAGGCUUGUUACGGGCGGGGCAUUGUUGUCAACUGAAGUAGGGUGCAUCUUCACACAAAGAAUUACAUCAGUGUUUUGGGGAGAAUACCCAUAACAAGGCCCAAACUGGUUGUAAUAUCCGACCAGAUUCCAAGAUUAUCUCAGCUACCCUACAGCCAUGAUGAACAUUAUAAAGUGUUUGUUCAAUUCUCCUCACAGCAACAGGACCUUGCAACAAAAACAGCGCUGGGGUUGCUGUGAGGAACAUAUGAUAUCCAGUGCAUCCCUACCUACACACAGCGUUGUAAAAUUUAGAUUGGACAACAGCGGAUGGAAAUGAACUCUACUAUGUCUUGACUAUAGCAUCUGAUGCAGGCCAUCUACUGUAUAUGAUCUAUUUAGUGCUUACUGAAGGGCCAUAUAUGUGAUCUAUUGAUAUACAAAUUAAUUGAUAUAAUGAAUUACUUUUAGUUCUUGCUUGUUCUUUACUUUGAAUUUCAUUUUCCACAGAGAAUUAUUGAAGAUUCGGACGAUUGUGUGGACCUACCUACCAAGACCAACAAGAGCUCUACUUCACGAAAACAAUCGGAAACAAUAUCGAAGAAUAAGGUAAAAACAUGCACUUAACAUACACAUGUUGUAUGUUAGGUAGCAGUAUAAACAGGAGUAAUUUAGCAUGCAGUGAGAUUUUAAGCUCUCGACCUAAAGACCUGUCUACACCACAUGAUUUCUAUCCAGUUUCCAGGCCAUCAUAUAUUGGCAGGCUAUUUAACAAUUAGACAACGAGGCCGAGUUGUCUAUGAGCGAAUAGUCAACGAGGAGAAGCCGAGUUGACUAUUUGCUCAUAGACAACGAGGCCGAGUUGUCUAAUUGUUUUAGUAUAAACUUUAACAUUAAUUUACAACUAGGCUGCAAACACAAUACAAAAAUACACAAAAAACAUUGUAAAACCAUUAAAGGUAAACAAAUAUUUUAGUUUUUGUUCGCGUAAAAUGUUUUACAAAAUUCAGUUUUAAUUUUAAAAUUUCAUUGAGUGUAUGUUAUUUUGUCUAUUUUCUUACCCUUAAAAAUUGCCAUUCCAUAUUUUUGUUGCUUUUUCGGGGUUUUUUAGUACAGAAUUGUUCAACAAGUCGUCCAAAAAAUCAUCAGACACUUCGGCAAAAGUGCAAAACGCGAAUUUUCCGCCAUUUUGAAUUUUCUAUUAGUAGGCUAUCACUAAUAGCCUACUAGUAGCGUAGCCAAUCAGAAGGCACGAAAUGUGCCUACUAGUAGGUUUAUACUAAGUUAGAUUAGUCUUAUACUGUUGUUCGUUUACUCAUGGUUAUUCGAUUACCUUCAGUACCAGGGAUGGAUUUACUGGGGGGGGGGAGGGGUGCGGGGGGUGCACCCCCCCUAACCCUGGCCAGGGGGAGGGGUGCUAUUUUUCACGAUAAAGCAAAAAAUUAUUAGAGGCAAAAUGAGAUGCAGUAAUUUGAGUGAUAUCAUGAUGAUAAGCGAACUGUGAACAACAAUUACAAUUCAAAUACAGUAGUCAAGCAAGACUUUGCAGCAGUGAAGCAAGUUGAUGGGCGGGCGGCACACAUGACCGGCACAACUCUGCACCAGAGCUGGCAGAGCACCCCACCACCACCAGAUCAUGCUGGAUCCAUCCCUGUUCAGUACGCCUGUAUAAGAAAUGUCUGGUAUUUCCGCGCACCCAUGUAUUAUUCUCUAUAUAAUAAAGGGAGUAAUGGACCAUUCCCCAAUUAAUCAAAAUUUUGAAGUCUAGACAAAAUUCCAUCAUAGCUUGAAAGAGCAUCACAAAAUUAGUAAUAUUCCAAAGUUUCGUUGCGAAAUGUUGUAAAAUGCGGAUAAUAUGGCCUUGCGAAAUUUGCAAUUUUCAGUCAUUUUAGAUUACAAACGGGAAAUGGUUACUACUUUUCCAAAAUUUUGAUCUUAACUAGCCUAAACAAAAAUUUCAUCACAGCUUGAAAGAGCAUCACAAAAUUAGUAAUAUUCCAAAGUUCCGUUGCAAAAUGUUGUAAAAUGCGGAUAAUAUAGCCUUGCGAAGUUUGCAAUUUUCAGUCAUUUUAGAUUACGCAUCUUUGUAAUCGUUUGUAAUCUAAAAUGACUGAAAAUUGCAGAGUUCGCAAGGUUUAUUAUCCGCAUUUUACAACAUUUCGCAACGAAACUUUGGAAUAUUACUAAUUUUGUGAUGCUCUUUCAAGCUGUGAUGAAAUUUUUGUCUAGACUUGUUGAGUUCAAAAUUUUGGUUAGUUGGUGAAUGGUCCAUUGCAUGAGUGCUAAACCACAAGAAGCGUAUUCAUAUAUACUGGACAGCAGCUGUGGCAACUGUGUCCAAACAGUAAAGGCCAGUUUACACUUGCGAUUUCUGCUCCGAUUUCUAGUGCGAUUUUCUCCUGAUGGAUGUGAACGAGUAGAUGAAUUACGAAUGUUCUGAGUACAAGUACCUCAUCUGAACAUUCAUAACUUAUCCACUCGUUCACAUCCAUCAGAAGAAGAACAUCGCACCAAAAAUUGCAAGUGUAAACAGGCCUUAAUUAAUUCGAGUCGUCCCUGCAUGACUUGUCAAGUGUUAUUUCAGGAGGAACCGCAGUAGCAAAAGAAAUUUUUAAAACCCAUGUUUGGUAGGAUUAUUAGUUCUAUGUUUUAUAGAACUAUAUUAGUUUUAUGUUUGAUAAUAAGUGAAAAUUUGAUUCCGAUGAGGUUUUCAAUGAGUUUUUUUUUUACUAGAAAACUGUGAAAAGUAGCAAAAGAAGGGAAAGUCCACUAAGAGAAGAUCAUUUGUAUCAUCCUCACGAGCCAUCAAAGUUUGAAGCCAGCACACCACAGGCGAAACUGUCUCGCUCCACUGAUUCGGGUACGUGUUUUAUCUAUUGGUAUGCGUGCAUGUGCAGACCUAAUUGAAUUUGGGAGGUCCAUGCUCCAGCUCGGUCCCUCAAGCACUGAUCAAAUAAGAGUUGAUAAGAGUUGACCGCCAUUGUCACGGGAGACAUUUCAAGCUGCACAUGCAUUUUCAAGGUAUACAUGUACUCUUAAGACUAGUUUCCACUCGAAAAUUUAUCCGUGGAUUGGAACGGACAAGAAAAUUUUUCUUUGUGUUAAAUUCAUUAGUUCCAACCCAGAGCUCACAAGACAAAGAAAAAUUUUCUUGUCCUUUCCAAUCCACGGAUAAUUUUUCCUGAGUGGAAACUAGCCUUUAUGCUUCUUCGUUUGAUCUGGACUUUGUUCCAGAGAGCGCGUUUCCAGCGCACCUCCAGGGUUCCGAUCGAUGCCAAUUUGUGGAAUUCGUCCGUUCCUGCCCGAAACGUUUCCUAUAAAACUCUGAGACUUUCUAUACUUACCUCUGUGAACCAUUAUUUCCUCUCUGAUGUCAUAUUUUUCAUGAUCAAGUCUGUACAUGUAUAUCACUUCUCAUCGCUCUCCUUAGAGAAACUAUAGGAAAGCGAUUUGUCACUCCUGGUUCAUACAAAAUUCAAGGUCUGAACGUGUUUAGAACUGAUAUUUAAGUUCUAUCAAAGUAUUGGUUGUGUGGAUUCACUAAGCAUCAAAGAAGAGAUAAAUUCUAACUCAGAAUAUGUAUAAUGCAUGUUUGUUUGUUUGUUUGUUUGUUUGUUUGUUUGUUUGUUUGUUUGUUUGUUUGUUUGUUUGUUUGUUUGUUUGUUUGUUUGUUUGUUUGUUUGUUUGUUUGUUUGUUUGUUUGUUUGUUUGUUUGUUUGUUUGUUUGUUUGUACUGUAUGCUUUCCUAAUUAAACUUUAUAUACCUAUAUUUUGUAUUGUUUAACUGUAGGAUUCUUUGAUAAAACCUUGAGCUCUUCAAGCAAGAAAAGAACGCCUAGCUCUGCGAAGGGUGAUGUACAAGACAAAACACCAGGCGGUACAGUUUCACGAAAAUCACGACGCUUUGGAUGCCUUGAUGUGCAGUCAACUGGUCACACUCCUCGUCGAGGAUAUCAUAGUAAUGAUGGUAAGCUAGUGCAUGACUUUGAUCAGCUGAAAACUCUUACUAGUAAAGUAAACGUCGAGAUUAAAUUCGUUAGCUAUAAAUAAGCGAGUCCAGCAAGAGAUUGGAAAGUUCGGAGGAAAAGUACAAGGGUCGGAAAGGUUAUCGUUUUGUUUGAUGGAUAAACAGUUUGGCUCUAAUUUUAAUUAUUUAUUUCUUCCUUUUUAGAUAAACGCACGUCCAGGAUACAGGUAAAAUAUGGAGUAAGAUUAACUCAUGCCCUUUGAUGCGCACUGCUUUGUUAUUUUAUUAUGUCUAAUGCCAGACUGUUGUACCCGUCAAUGGGAAAGUUCUGGCACCCAAGUGGGCCAUAGCAAAUAUGGCCAGAGAACUUUCUUUUUCUAUACAGGAAGAAUACGAAUCUGGUGAAGAAGACUGCAAUUUAUUUUCCCAUUCCCAACCAGCUUCGAUCAAUCAGGUAUUGAUCAAAUCUUUAUAAUUGAACAAUACUGAUUGCUGUUUAAGUAUUUCCAAGUAUAUUGUAUUCCUGCCAUUGUUACUAUAGUUUCAAAUUUGUAAUUAUGUAAGUAGUGGAUGAUAAAAUUAUAACAUUUUGAAAGUGGUAGAUGAUAAAAUUAUAUAUAGUAAAUAUAUCUUUGAACUUAUUUUCCAUCAGGGAAGCAGAAAAAGAAAGGGGAGCCGUGAAAGGGAAACUGGGUUUAAGUCAGGUGAAAUAGAUUAUGCUUAUUGUCUAUAAUUAUAAACCUAAUCUUCCAAUAGGUUCAGUAAGGGCCGUCCCAUAAUGGUCCAGUGUUAUGCUUGAUUACUUGAAGCUCUAUAUCAAUUUUAAACUUUCUUCCUAGAGAUGCUGUAACAGCAUCUCUAGAUUGUUGUAAGAACUAUAGCUAUCGAUAUUGUUACUUCUGGAGGAAACAGAAUAUCCGGCGAAGAUACCUGUGGUGCCAUUGCAUUAACCACUACUGAACUCCUCAUAUAUUUAAGGUGCAAGUCAAGUCCGUUCUGCGCAUCGGUUCUGCUCAUAACAAUGUGAGGACCCUCUAAUGUAAACAUUGCCCAAAUUUCGAAUGUUUCGAAUUUGUCUGAACAUACUGUAAUCGCUAUUUCAUAUUCAUUUAGAAGCAUAGCGAACCAAAAUAGUGUUAGAUAUUCGUCUGAAUAUUUUAAAAAAUACAGCAGUUCAAAAUGUAAACAAACCGUUUGUUUACAUUGCAGACUUGACUUCCACUUUAAGUUAACUAUGUGUAAUAAUGUUUUUUUAAUAACUUUGCAAUGUUUCGGGCUCGUCUAUGAUAGAAUCGAAGAUGCAAAAGCGCAAUAAAGGCUCUGCGAAGGACGAUGAUUUCGAGUACCCGGACAGCAUUACUGAACUUAUUAAAGGCAUGGAUGAUCAGGACUAUGUAAAUGAGUCAUUUAAGACGCCAGUCGAUAACCAGUCUAUGCCUAUUCAACCAAGGAAGUUGUUCCAAUCUUCUGACCAUUCCGCACCUAGGAAGAGACAGAAAGGUAAGGAUUUGUAUAUAAAUGUAUACCCAAUAGGAGCCUGCAUAUAAGAAACAAGCGCACAAAAUAGUAUGAGCUGCAAAUAGAGUAUAAAGAAUAUAUUUUCCUUAAUAAGAAACUAUUGAAUAAUUUCUUAUUUGUUUGCAAUUAUUUACAACGAAAGUGGUGCAUUUUCCCGCGCGUAAUACAAAUUAAUGAAAAAUUUGCAAAUUUCCCAGGACUUUAUUUUCCGUAUUUUUUAUUCUGCAAUUUUACUAUUUUUAACAUGCUCAUUCUAACUGGGGAUGGAUUAUAGUUCUUCUUCUUGGCGAGAUCAAAAUUUAGUAUAUAGCUGGAAUCAUCAAUCCUUUGGCUUGUAUAAUGUAAAGGUUGAAGUUUUGAGGCCUUUUAACAAAACCCGAAUUUUUUUAUCUACGUUUUAUUUAGUAUCAAGGGAAAGGCAACGUGCCAAUGACGAUGAUGAGGAUGAUGAUGAUGAAGAUAUUGAGAAUCCAUUUGACGAUGAAGAUUCGAUAGGGUGUGUUGAAGGCUUACAAAUGCGUUUAGUUUCACUCUAUAAAACCAUUUGUUAUUAUCAAAAUUUCCCCUUCCAUUUCGAGAACUAUUGCUAUCAUAUAUGCACAACUUUAGGAACUGGUAAUGCAUUAUUUAUGGAGGGGGGCUGGCGCCGAAGAAAAAAUGGCUGGGUAAACACCAUGUUGAGUAUGUAAAAGUUGGGUAUAAAUAGAAAACAAACCGACUCAAAGGUUGGGUAGAAAAUAAUCAGUGAAAUAUCUAAAGUAAUGGCAAUGUCUACGGGUUAGGCUACUUUUUAGGAAUAUAACAAGAACGAAAAAAUGGGUUUGUCCACAAAAUUCAUCAACAACAACUACACCGUGUCUAAGAAGAAUGCCAAGAAAUACCAAAUUUCAAAAUGUUAUAAUUUUUCAUGUAGAAUACACCUUAACUAAUAAAACAUGUAAAAAGGUUAUAAAAUUUUGGGGUGGGUCCAUAGUUUUUAUUACCUCCGCCAGGAGGUUAUGUAAUCAUCUGGGUUUAUAUGUGUGUAUGUGUUUGUCUGUCACCACAAUAACUCAAGAAAUACCAAACAGAUUCUUACGAAAUUUUUUGAAUGCAUUUCCCAGAACUGAUUAAAAUUUGGUUGAAUUUGGUUAAAAAUUGAACGAGAAAUGAACAAAAUAUUGUCUUGCUUUUCCCGGUCAAUUAAAAAAAACUUACUGAAUGCGUAAUUAGGACGUGCAUAAUUUAUGCACGCAGUGUACUGUACAGAGUAUAUAAAGGUAUACAAAUAAUGUAAUUAAUGGUAUCUUCUUAGGUUGUAUACAAUUGUAAUUCUCACUUAUAUAAGGGAGCUCGAAGCUGCUCUAAAAUCGUGCCAUUCGUGUGCUUAACAAAUAUAUUCUAAUUUCUUAAUAAUUUUGUAUACACGCUGGCAUUAAUAUUUUAGGUACGUUUUAUACGCCGAAUUUCGGUCGCGUCGAAUGCGACUUAGGCAGCGUUUACACUGUACCGUUUUCGUAGCGUUCUCGUAUUGUUCGAGAAAACUAGACUAUUGUCUUGCGUUCCCAGGAUUUCGUAGCGUGCUCGUAUUGUUCUUAAUCCUCAAGGGAACGCAAGACAAUAGUCUAGUUCUCUCGAACAAUACGAGAACGCUACGAAAACGGUACAGUGUAUAAACGCUGCCUAAGACAAUAAUGAGAUGAUAAACCUCAUUAAGCUUCAGCCUUCAUUAUCUAUUGUCUUAGUUGCAUUUCACGCGACCGAAAUUCAAUGUCUAAGGCUUACGGAGUUACGCAUUAUUGCGUUCAGCAAAGUGCCAAUCCAUUCAAAUUCUAAUAACAUUAGAUUGCUUCAAUACUGUACAGGGUGUAUAAAAAAACGCAACCUCGGAAUUUCCCAAGAAAUAGACAUUGUUUUAAGACAAAAGAUUUUAGGUGCCUGGGAAUUUGAAAUAGCACAACUGUCAAAAUGCGCGAGUGCAUAAAGCAAAAUUUAUGCAUUUAUUUAAUGACACUUAAAAAGUUUUUAUUUUACAAGUACAGUACAACAACAGUAAUAUGAUCUAUUAGCAAUUUGAUUUCAAUUCGCGGGGGCCUAAAAUCUUUUAUGCUUAAGAAUUGCAAAGUGGAUUUCUUAGGAAUUUCCAAGGUUGCGUUUCACUUCAGAGUAGCGGGCGGAGGUAUGCAGUCUCUGAGUACCCUCUAGUUGUUAUCUGUGAUUGAGUAAAGGAAAGUAUUGACUUUCACUUUCUUGUGGUUGGGUCUGCAAAAUGCUACCAGGGGAAAUAUUUAUCUCCGGUACCGCCCCCCGGCCAUAAUGACCGGUCCCGUAGUACGAUCGAAAUGCAUGCAUUCUAAUUUUUAUAUUUUGAUAUCCGACCUCUGUACAUUGCAGUGAAGAAAUGCAAACUUCUUUCAUAAAUUUGGGAAAGGAAGUGAAGAAGACUAUUAAGGUAAUCUUUAUUCGUUGAUGGUGUUUUGCUUGCAGCACAAGGGUUAGUAAUUUUUAUUUGAAGCUUUCCUUUGUAUGUUGUGUACUAGUUUGUGUUUAGGGCCAUUCCAUUUAAUGUACCCCCCCUCCCCCAUGGACGAGGUCAAUAAAAUUAGAACCCCUAAGAAAAAAGAUCAAAGUGCAAACACACACACACCAGAAAUUAAGAAAUUUUUGCCUUACCCCUCAGAAAAAACGCAAAGAUCAAAGGAUACCGAUGCACACAACCCCUCAUGCAGAAAUGGCUUUUUCAAACCCCCUCAGAAAUUCUCGUCCAUAGUCGGUGCAUGUGUGUACAUUAAAUGGAAUGGCCCUUGAUGUGUUUGUAAUUAUGAUUUAUGUUUGAUAGCAAAGGCAAGAUUACGUGAGUCAAAUAGCUAGUGCAACCAUGAAAUUAAUCACUGCAAAGAGUGAAGAAAUGUGGUCAAAACAAUCGUCCAGACGGUAUAUUUCUAUAAUUUGUUUAUGUGUAUAUAAACAUCCAAAUUGAACCAGAAUUUAAUCAAUUUGUCUUUGGGAAAUGUCCAUUAAUCCUACAAAUUUUCGUAUCAGUAAUACGUUUGAAAUUUUGUUACUUGCAUGUAAGUUAUCGUACUGACAGUCUGCCAAACACACCGACAGACAAACACACAGACAGACAAACACACAGACAGACAAACAUACAGACAGAUACACAUACACUUCUGGCAUUUUGACGUGGAAAAUUAUUUCAUAUCUGUAGACAUACUCUAAUGAAUGAAUUCACGAGCUGUGUUAAUAAAUAUGUGGAGGACCACCAGCAAAUAACAAGCAAAAGACAACAGAUUGAAGAUGACAUGAUUGUGAGUUGUUCUGUACCGCGGGGAAGACCAAAUGACGGGGGUUUUGGAGCCAAAUAACUGAAACAAAACCUCUGCAUGCUUUUACAUGAUUGCAGUUGGUUGUGACCAUAGUCACUCUACUCGGACUCAUUAAUCCUUAACUAAGUUUUGAGGCGCACACUUUCUUGGUAGAGUAAACCUCUUAAGCCAUGGAAGUUGCUCCAUGAUUCAGGGUUACAUAAUUUCUGCAGACUGCAGCCAUCAUUGCUGACCAUGCAAGUGUAACAAAGCCAUAAAUAGGCUAGCUAUUAUUUAGGUAAAUUUGCACAAAUUUUUACACCAAACAUGUUUUAAGAACCGGAGGUCGAUGACUCGGUAUAAUAUAAUGGCUAACUAGAUUAACACAGCCCCAAUCUAAGUGUUUACGCUACAGGUGUGAAACCAUUCAGCCUUUUAAAUUCCUGAUAUAUAUUUUAGACUCAAGUAAAGAAUCACCUGGAAGCUUUGGCGAAGCAAAGAAAAGAACAAGAAAAAUGGUGAGUGUGUCACAGUUUUGUUAAGUAACAAAAUAAACCUUGUCCAAAAAUUGAGUGUUUUAAAAUCACGUUUUCCCGUCAACACAUUUAAGAUCAUUAGUCUUCCGAUCCGAUUUAAGUAAGUCCGUCCAAUUAAUUUUUUCACACUAAUUAAUCUUCAUUCUGUUAAUUAUGUUAAUUAUAUGAAAAUGAUCAAAUCGAAAACUUACUAUAAUGUGUUUUUGUUAAUCGAAACAUGAUUUUAAAACACUCAAUCUUCAGACCGGCAUUUUUAUUACUGAAAAAGUGUGACAAGUGUGCAUGCAUGGCUCGUUACGAGAGGAUUGUCGUUCAUUAAAAUUACCUUUCUCUCAUGAACAAUCGCAAUAACCUUUUAUUUUUUCCCCAAAAAUCGAUGUUACAAUUGAAGAAUAUACGGUAAUUCAUGAAAAUAUAAGGAACUAUAUAGCCUCCUUGAAUAACUGAAUAUAGUUGAGGGCUAAAAAAUUAUUGCUAAUUCUAAAGUGUAUAUAAAAAUAGGUUAUAUAUACUACUUUGCGUCACUAUCUAUAGGUGCAUAAUUUACUCAGAAUUUUUUCAGGAAUAUAUAAUUUAUGUACAUACUGUAUUAUUAGCAUUAAUAUUAUUAUUACUAGCAAUUCAAUUACGUCAUUACUUUCUUUAGUCUGCGAGGCAUCAUUAAAACACAAAAGGCUUUCACUGAGACGUUUAAAAGCAUUGAAGACGCUGAACAGUCCCAACGAGUAUGUUUGUUGUAAUUUGAAUAUUAUUUGGUAGCAUGUAUAUGCAUGGUAUUACUCGCAAUGUGAUCUGAAGCUAGGUGGGACGGGAAGGAGGAAACCCAGGUAUAUGUGUAAUUUUUGGCCGAAUGAAGUGAAUAUACCAGAACUUGUAUACUAGCUAAUACAUUUUCUAUUGUGCAGAUGGACUUCCUCGACUCGUUACGGAAGGAAUUAAAACGAUACCGCGAUCAAGCCGCACAGGAAGUUGUAAGUAUAAUCUUUUCAUUUUUUUUUCUUUGUUUUUGAAAUACAGUCGAACCUCUAUUAAGCGGCCCUCCAUUAAGCGGCCACCCUCUAUUAAACGGCCGCAUAUCGAAGUCCCGAAAUUUUUGUAAUACAAAUACUAUAAACUAUCCCUCUAUUAAACGGCCACCUCUAUUGAGCGGCCGCGGCCACCCAAAGAGCGGUCCCAAAUGAUGUUUUAUGUCAAUUUUUACCUCUACUAAGCGGCAAGCCUGCAGGAUUGAUGUGAUGGCCUUGUGUUGUUGGCACAAUGUAUGCCUGUGAAAAAAUGUUAUAGUAGAUGAAACCGAGAAUUAAAGAUAAAAUCACUAUUGUAUUCUGUGAUUCAUAAUUAAAAAGAGACAUUUGACUACGCCCAGGGUCUAUUAUUUGCGUACUUCUAUUUAGCGGCCACCUCUAUUAAGCGGCCACAAAGCCGAUUCUCGAGGGUGGCCGCUUAAUAGAGGUUCGACUGCAUGUAUGUGGUAAAAAGAAGAAACGCGCAGGCUGCGAUAAUUCGCUCACUCGCUCGUUCAAAAAGCCAAAUAUUUCCAAUUGUUUUUAGCAAAAGCAAGAAUUCGAAAACAUCAAACGUCGUAUUCAAGCGAUGCUUGGCAUGUCAUUGUGAGUUAUUGAAUUCACGUUCUUUUUGUACAUUUCUUUGAUAUACAUCAAUUUGGAAUUCUUAAACUUUUGAAAAAAGUUUUGCCAUUCAAAAUACUUAUGUAUAUUUGUUUGGACUUAUUUAUGUGUUGUCAAGCAUGACGUUAACUUGUUCGUACUGUAUUCGUAUACGUAUAAAUUUGAAUGAACUUUUAGGCUUGGUAGUUGUUAUAGCAUGUGUAAUGGUAGCGAAUCACUUCGAAAGGCUAUAGAAACUUAAUUUAUACGGCAACUAUUUAAAUGUUCUGCAAUCCAAAGAUUUAAUGUUCGAUUUCUCCAUAUAUCGUUCUUAGAAAAUUUAAUACCUCAAUAUUAUAUUUCCUGAAUUUUUGUGAUCCAAUUCACAUUUUUCAAUUUCCUCCAUAAAUCAUACUUCGAAAAUAAAGUCUUUAAAAGCUAAAACACAUUUCUUCUCAUGUUUUAUUACGAUAAACCAACUCGACAUUUGAUUAACAAACCAACAUGAAUGAACGAAGAUUUUUCCUUUUUAUAAAAUCAAAUAUUGGAUUUUAGAAGGUAAAGUCACAAAAUUGAAGAGCCACUCUUCAGAUGCUAAUUUAUGUUUUCUGAAACUAAAAAUAUGAAAUAAUAAAUUACAAAUACAAGCGUCAAUUCAUCUUGCACAUGCAUGUAUAUAUAGUGUUUUAACGAAUGAAAGUGAAAUUUUAGUUUUUACCGGAUAUUUUUAUACAAUUCCCUUUCAUAAUGUUCGGUUUGCUGAUAUUCAUCUGGAGCUUUUCAUUCUAAUUUCUUGAGCCGAUAUAAUGGUAUUUCAUUCAUGAAAAAAAUAAAUAAGUCCUAGCACACAGGAGUGUAUUAGAAAAUGAGUUGAUUAUAUAGUUGUUCACUGCAUUUUGGAAUUGUUAUAGCAUUUUGCUUUGUCUUACAAAAGUUCUGAAGCUCUUUGAAGUGGUAGGUUUCUGGUGCAAAGAUUACAUAUUUUGAACUACAGUAUUUAUUACGCUACAACGUAGCAACCGUAUUUAAUAAAAUGUUUGUUGUAAUUUAUCAUGUAUUGUCUUUGAAUGCAUAUAAACCUGCACAAAAAUGUGCAACGGAAU